AUGUUGAAGUUUCUGAUUUUCUGCACACUGGCUGUGGCCAUCAACGCUGAGAUAGCCGAGGAAGAAGAUGUCCUGGUGCUGAAGAAGAGUAACUUCGACGAGGCUCUCCAGGCUCACCCCAACAUCCUGGUUGAGUUCUCAACUCAAGAGCAGCUAUUUCUAUUGAAAUCCAAACUAAAGAGCCUGAAUUACUGUUUUGUUUCAGCUGGCAGGCAGGCAGAUGACAUCGUCAACUGGCUGAAGAAGCGCACAGGGCCCGCCGUUGCCACCCUGAAUGAGGUCACCGACGCAGAGUCUCUGAUCGCUGAUAAUGAGGUGGCAGUCAUCGGAUUCUUCAAGGAUGCAGAGUCUGCUGGUGCCCAGGCCUAUGAAAAAGCAGCUCAGGCCAUAGAUGACAUUCCCUUCGCCAAGACCUCCAACGAUGCCGUUUACUCCAAGUUUGAAGUGUCCAAGGACGGCGUUGUCCUCUUCAAGAAGUUUGAUGAGGGACGCAAUACCUUCGAUGGUGAGCUGACCAAAGAAGCGCUUCUGUCCUUUGUCAAGGCCAACCAGCUGCCCCUGGUCAUUGAGUUCACCGAGCAGACUGCCCCUAAAAUCUUCGGCGGAGACAUCAAGUCCCACAUCCUCAUGUUCCUGCCCAAAGCUGCCUCAGACUUCCAGGACAAAAUGGACCAGUUUAAGAAGGCCGCAGAGGGAUUCAAGGGUCAGAUCCUGUUCAUCUUCAUCGACAGCGACAUUGACGACAACCAGCGAAUCCUGGAGUUCUUCGGCCUGAAGAAAGAGGAGUGCCCUGCCAUCCGCCUCAUCACUCUGGAGGACGAGAUGACCAAGUACAAGCCAGAGAGCGACGCCAUCACUGCAGAAAGCAUCACUGACUUCUGCAAACUGUUCACUGAGGGCAAACUCAAGCCCCACCUCAUGAGCCAGGACAUCCCUAAAGACUGGGACAAAAACCCUGUUAAGGUUUUGGUCGGCAAAAACUUUGAGGAUGUCGCCUUCAAUCCCUCCAAGAACGUCUUUGUGGAAUUCUAUGCACCAUGGUGUGGACACUGCAAACAGCUGGCUCCAAUCUGGGAGAAGCUGGGAGAGAAGUACAAGGACAGCGCCGACACUAUUGUAGCUAAAAUGGACUCCACAGCCAAUGAGAUUGAGGCUGUCAAAGUCCACAGUUUCCCCACUUUGAAGUUCUUCCCUGCAGGAGAAGAGCGCAAGGUGAUCGACUACAACGGGGAGAGAACACUUGAGGGCUUCACCAAGUUCCUGGAGAGUGGCGGCAAAGAAGGCGGUGCGCCCGCAGGAGACGAUGACGAUGACCUGGAACCUGAGGAUUUGGAAGACGUGGAGGACGACUCCGAUAGUGAGGACGGCACUGACGACGACGGACACGAUGAGUUGUAAACGUCGGCAGAAACGGAGAGAGGAGACGAGUCCCGCCCUAACCCUCCCAAACAGUCACCAUCACCACCUUCACUUCUUUGUGGACCUUCCCUGUCCUGUGAACAUUCAUUAUUCCCCUCAGUCAGUCAGUAAGCUGGCCUGAUAACAGCCCGCCAGCUAGUCAGUCCAUCAUUGGCAUGGCGGGGCUUUUUUUUUUCUUCUUUUUUUUAACCUCCCCCCUUGCCUGUCACAUCUGCAACCUCCCAACCUCUGGCUCAGACUGGUCUUGUCCCACCUGGCGGGACCCUGUGGAACAGUGCACCAUUUCCUGUGGGAGACCUCAAUGCCUUGUCUGCAAAGCUCCACAUCAGCUGUCUGCCUUGUAUAUUUUGAACCAAAUGUAA